UUGAUAGCAAGAAAUAAAUAAUUAAAGAAAGAAAGGCGGAUUAUAGUCAUUGUUUUGAAACCCAGAGGCCGAAGAAUUGUGGAUUACCGGUCAACGCGCGAGGUCGUCUCGUCGAACCGGAGCGAUGUCUGUCGCGGGGCUGAAAAAGCAGUUCCACAAAGCCACUCAGAAAGUCAGUGAGAGGGUUGGAGGAGCAGAAGGAACCAAACUUGAUGAUGACUUCCUUCAGAUGGAAAAGAAGGUGGACACCACCGGUAGGGCAGUGCUAGACAUCAUGACCAAAACUACAGAAUACCUACAGCCCAACCCAGCAUCCAGGGCUAAACUGAGUCUGAUAGGGACCAUGUCUAAGAUCAGAGGACAGGAGAAGGGACCGGGUUACCCCCAGGCUGAGACUGUGCUGGGUGAGGCCAUGCAGCGCUUCGGACGAGAGCUGGGAGAGGAGUCAUGCUUUGGUCUGGCUCUCCUAGAUGCUGGGGAGGCCAUGGGUGAGCUGGGGGCGGUGAAAGAUGCCCUGGAUGUGGAGGUCAAACAAAACUUUAUUGAUCCACUGCAGAACCUACAGGAAAAAGACAUUAAAGAGAUACAGCACCACCUGAAGAAGAUGCAGGGACGCCGCCUGGACUUUGACUACAAGAAGAAACGUCACGGUAAAGGAGUUCUGGAGGAGGAGAUCAGACAGGCGCUGGAGAAGUUUGAUGAGUCCAAAGAAGUGGCAGAGCAGAGCAUGUUCAACCUGCUGGAGAGUGAUAUUGAGCAGGUGAGUCAGCUAGCAGCGUUGGUCCAGGCCCAGGUGGAGUAUCACAGACAAGCCACAGAAAUACUACAGCAGCUCUCCAGCAAGCUGCACGAGAGGAUCAGGGAGGCGCAGGAUAAACCCAGGAAGGAGUAUGUUCCUAAACCCCGGAUGGUCCUGGAGCUGCUCCCCCCCAGCGAUAGCCACAAUGGGGGGCUCAACACCACCAAGUCCCAUGGCCCGGCCUCGUCCCCAGGCCCCGCGCGCACCCCCGCUCCUAUGGACCAACCGUGCUGCCGGGCGUUGUAUGACUUUGUGCCGGAGAACGAGGGUGAGCUGGGCUUCAAAGAGGGCGAUAUCAUCACCCUAACCAAUCAGAUCGAUGAUAACUGGUACGAGGGAAUGGUCAACGGCCAAUCAGGUUUCUUCCCCAUCAACUACGUGGAUAUCCUGGUUCCACUUCCUCAUUAGGCCACCCACCCCUACCCAAUCUUCACCCCACUCCCUGUCGGGGGCCCCAGCCUCUGCCCAGCCUCUGCCCAGCCUAAUCCACGCCUUCUUCUUUGUGCUUGUGUGAGUGCAACUGCUUUUUUCACAAAGAACUACAACUGUGAGGAACAAGGGACUACAAUUGUAUAGGAUUCUGAAAGAAGAAGAAUGAGGGAUAAGUGAGCUGGUUGAACUAACUGAACUAACUGGUGGAAUCAGAGUAGUGAGAUGGUUGUGUAAAGAGCCAUAGAUGGAUAAAUAUCUAUAUACAGUAUGUGUCUAUGGUUAUUUGUACUGUAAUAGGUUCCAAUGUAUUGCAUGCUGGGACAAGCCAUUUAAAGGUUGACGUUUUAAAAGGUUAAAUAAAGAGAACUGUUACAUGGUGGCGGUUGUAAUGCUAAUGGUUUUAUUUUCUUCUUUUCUUGGCAUGAAUGUUGUUCUGGAGGCAGCUCUGCAGAAUGGUCACCAGCCACAAAGUCAUAACAUCUGAGUUCGAACUUAACCUUAAGCACAUUGAAAACCUUAAUGCCUAACCUUAAAUUAUUUAUAUAUGUAUAUAUAGGCAAUUUUGACUUUGCAGCUGGUCCAUCUAGUGGAAAUCGCACAGUUCUGCCUCCAAGGCAAGAUUCACGACAACAAACGUCAACCUGCGUUGUAAUGAUGAUGGUGGUGGUGGUACAGAUGCUUGUUGUUUUAUAGGCCUGUUGUGACUGUGUUUCCUAUGUGAUGCGCGCUAUAUCACCAGAUACCUGUUUCCUCUGGGCCAUGAAGUCACUAAAGCUGUCCACCUGUUGUGACUGUGUUUCCUAUGUGAUGCGCGCUAUAUCACCAGAUACCUGUUUUCUCUGGGCCAUGAAGUCACUAAAGCUGUCCACCUGUUGUGACUGUGUUUCCUAUGUGAUGCGCGCUAUAUCACCAGAUACCUGUUUUCUCUGGGCCAUGAAGUCACUAAAGCUGUUGUGUCAGUCACAGACCCUCGAAUGCAUCCCAAAAUAGCACCCUAUUCCCUAUAUAUGGCACUCCUUUUGGUUGGAAGGACUGGACGGGGAGUAGCUAGGUUAUUACACAUUGGCUGAUUGGUCCUCUGUUGAGAAGACCAAGUGACUUGAGAUGGACGGAGGUGAGUUGACAGUCGGUUUGAUUUAUUUUUAUCUUUAUUUAACUCUGCAAGUCAGUUAAGAACAAAUACUUAUUGUCAGUGACGACCUACCCCCCGACC